UGUCCGGGCUUCCAGAGAGUUCGGACAGAGAAGGGUGGAAGAAGCUGAAGACUGAAGCGCAUCAGAGGGGAAAGAUGGUGAAAGAAACGGGCUACUACGACCUCUUGGGCGUCAAGCCAGGCGCCACCUUGGACGAGAUCAAGCGAGCGUACCGGCGGCUGGCGCUGAAAUACCAUCCCGACAAGAACCCCAGCGAAGGAGAGCGGUUCAAGCAGAUCUCACAAGCCUACGAGGUGCUGUCCGACACCCAAAAGAGGUCACUGUAUGACCGGGGCGGGGAGCGGGCCAUGAAAGAAGGCUGCACGGGAGGCCGAGGAGGAUUUGGGUCCCCGAUGGACAUAUUCAACAUGUUCUUCGGAGGAGGGGUACGGAUGCCUGGCCGGCCGGAGAGGAGAGGAAAGACAGUGGUGCAUCCGCUCUCGGUGACCCUGGAGGAUCUGUACAACGGCACCACCCGAAAGCUGUCCCUGCAGAAGAACAUCAUCUGCAGCAAGUGCAAUGGCUGCGGGGUCCGGGAAGGCGUCGACAGCAGGUGCCCCAAGUGCCACGGCACUGGCAUGGAGUUUCACAUCCACCAGUUGGGGCCCAGCAUGAUCCAGCAGAUCCAGACCAUGUGCUCGCAGUGCCAGGGCCAGGGCGAGUGGGUCCGGCCCCUCGAUCGCUGCCUGACCUGCAACGGCAGACGGGUGGUGCGGGAGAAGAAGAUCCUGAAUGUCCACCUGGACAGAGGCAUGCAGGACGGGCAGAGGAUCACAUUCCAUGAGGAAGGGGACCAGGUGCCCGGCCUAGAGCCUGGGGACGUGGUCAUCAUCCUGGAUCAGAAGGAGCACCCUGUCUUCCAGCGCAUCGGCAACAACCUGGUCCUUCGAAAGGAAAUCAGCCUGGUGGACGCUCUCUGUGGCUUCAGGCAAGUUGUCCACACUCUGGACAACAGGACCCUGCUCGUCUCCUCACAGCACGGUGAGAUUCCCAGAGCCAGGCUGGCUCUCCCCCGACCAUCUCCGCCAGCUCCGCACUUUCUUCCCACCCCAAGCAGAGGUCAUGGCGACGGAGGACAUGAAGGAGGUGGAACUGAGCGACUACUUCUCCCAGCCGGGACACUGGUGGCAGCCCCACGCCGGCGAGGCCUACCACGAAGACGACUUCGAGGAGGCCUCACGCCCGCACGUCCAGUGCCACACGUCGUAGCCCCCUGGGCGGCCUCCCCCACCCUGGAGCGGGGGGGUGGGGUGGGGGCGAGGGGGUGGUUCGGAAGGUCGUGCAGUUCAGGGAUGUAAAUAGUUAACGCUGCCAGCGGUCCAGUUCGGCGGAACUAGCGUAGCUCCGGCCUAGCUCGGUCGCUCCCUGGGGGGCGCCACUGAGCCCCUGCGGUGGGAGAAGGCUCAGCACGGGAGUUCCUCGCAUCCCACAUCCUGCCAGCACGUACUCAAGGGCUUAGGAUCCAGCUCACAGUAGUUACCGCCUCUGAGGAGCGUAGUGGUGUAAAAGGGUCCCUGGGCACAAUGCAUCAGGAUCAAUGUCUACAGGGAUCAUUCACAGCUGUCGCUCUCAGGGCCUGAAUCUCAUUCACACCGAAGCCCCUUUAGGACACAAUAAGGAGGCCUUAAAGUGGGAGUAAUUGUACCCCGGGCCCACAGGCGGGCCCUUUCUGUGCAGCCGGAGCGGCAACAAAGAACCUUAGUGUCCUCGAGAAUCAGGUCCUUGGGUUUAAACCCCUUCCAGAUUCUCCACUCAGCCCCAUGGGAAAUUGACCGGCUCUAGUCAACGUGCCGUUUUUGCACUAAAGCUUCGUGCAGUUUCGCGACCUGCCCCAGGAGUUUUGCUUCCUCCUCUGCUUUGGGUGGACUGUCCGGCUUCCCCGCCUCAGCUGCAAAGACGCGCGCGCUCGCUCUCGAGAUCUUCUGUUGCACAUUUAAGCGAAAGGGGCUGUUUUCCCGGGGAGGGAAUAACAGGGACUUAUUAAACAAAGCCACUUUUCCUCCGCUAGGACAAUGCCAGCAGCUUCGCAAAGACACGUCUAUCCACUUGGGUUUUCCAUUGCCUCGCGUUCCCUUAGCGAGCAACCGAAUGUGGAAAGAUUUCUGAGGAGUCCGUGGCACUUAGCUACAAAUAAUCCCGAACCUGGAAUCAGAUCUGCCCGGUAGGAGGUCUCGGGGCCAAGAUCUAGUAUGAGGCGCCUGGGUCUGCUUCGCAGACCUCUACCGCCGAUCCUGUCGGUAGCACUGAAAUCCCAGGGCUUGAUUCCCAGUUGCCCUGCCCUGUUGUUGUUUACACCAGCGCACAGUUGGUGCAAAAUGCUGCUGGAUCAGAACCGGUGUAAAUAAGUGCACCAGGCGUAGGGCAAUGAAGAAUCAGUCCUGCCCACAGGCGUUUGGGGCUUGUAGUGCCAUCUACUGGUAGUCCUGAGCUAUGCGCUAUCCCAGAAUAAAGCAUCGCUCAGCUGUUUCUUUCAA